AUGGCAGCGAAACCAGUGCUGGCAUCCGAUCUGAUCACGACGGACUCGAUAGGUCUAUUUGAGGAAAGAGCGAGGAAACGACCGCGAGUGGGUACUCAAUGCUGCGCUUCGGUGGAUGAUGCGUUGAGUGGGGGAUUGGUCUAUGGCCAAGAUGGCAUUUACAACAUCAGCGGAGCCACUGGCAGUCGAGCAGCUGAAACGAUAUCACUUCAAAUGCUCAUCACACAUCUGCUCACCGCGUAUUCACACACCGCCACUCUGAUCGAUGCGUCAGGCAACUUUGACGUGCUGUCACUGUACCGCGGUCUCCUCAGCCGUCUGUCAACCACAAACACCAAUCAUGAAGACAACAUCAAAACCGCAACUAGCAUACUCGACAGAGUGAACAUCAUGCGAGUGUUCGACUUUGAAGGUGUAGUGGAGGGACUGAAUGAAUUAAUCGAUAGCAUUGAACGAAAGCAAAUCCCAAAGAAUACGAUUAGGGAUAGUCAAGAAGAGGCAGAAGAAGAAGAAGUGUUGAUUUUGCCGGAAGAGGAAGCAAGACAGGAGAAGGAGAAACAGCAAGAGGAGAAGCCGGCAGCAGGUAUGGUUUUGAUUAAUAAUCUGAGUCAGGUGCUGGGACUUUUGCUCAAGGAUAAUUAUGCACGAGGGCAAGCUACCAUGACAUCGCUGAUUCAGAGAUUGAGGAAUAUGGCUCAAGAACACAAUCUUUGUGUUGUUCUAUUGAGCUGGAGUGUCUCGUAUGGAAGCGACCAAGAGCGCGUCUCUAUCUUCGAAAGCGUCAAAGCAAGACCAGGGCUGGGAAAGUCAUUGGGUUACCUGGUGGAUACGCAACUCCUCAUCGAUGCUAUACCCAGAAAAGCACGAUCAAAGAGUGGAGAUACGGUCAAUGUCAUCGAAGUCAUACACAGCGGAGGAAACCACCAAGCAGGGAAAUUCGGCGUCUUUGAUGUCACUGCCGAUGCAGAGAUCAAGUCUGUAUCAUUCUGA